ACGCGAGCGGAUGUGGGAGGAGGAGCCUUGAGGGCGUAUUAUGCAGAUGUCCCACCAAGCCCGGCCUCUUCCAUCCCUGGCUAUCUGCCUGCCCAGUAUUGGAGGAGACUAUUGUUAGCCGCCAAAGUUGCAACUCCAGGAAAUUGACUAAAGGGGCCAAGCGCUCUUUUCUCGCCCGCGAAGGCGCAGCUGGAGGAAGAGAAGAACGGAAACUUUGUCGCGCGCCGAGAGCGGAAGGAAAAGCUGGUCUCUCCAGCCUGGGGGCAGGAUCUGUGGAAGUGCUGAAUGAAACUGCAAUGUGACCUACUUUUUUUCCAAGGCUUGUACCACCCCCUGACACCCCUCAACUCUUUGCAGAAGCAACGAUGAAACGGCGCAAGUGAGUCUCGCUCCCGCCUUGUUCCCCCUCUUCCCCGGGAGGUUAUUCCACCACGCCACCCUGCAUCAAUCUGCCUUAUCAGUGACCGCGGGGAUGUCCAAUGCAGCAAGGGAUGACUUUGAAGCACAACACCUCCACCUGCAGGAGGAGGAGGAGGAGGAAGAUGAGCUCGAGAGGCGUGCAGAUCUGGACGGAGACCCCAGUGUGGGAAGAAGCAGGCUUGUGGGGAGCCUGGAUCGGCAGGGUGUCUCUUCUCCUCAGGAGAUCCUGGAGGAUGUUGAACAUCUGGAAGAGCUUAAGAGCAACCAGGAAUUUUUGGCAGAACACAACUGGGGGUCUGACUUGGGUGAACGUCAGGAUUUCAAAUGUGCAGGGGCAACCAGCCCUGGGAAUCCUUCAGACCGACACAAACAUCUAGAGGACAAUGGAAGCCCCAAUGAUCAAGGUCCGAUUUCCUACUGGCAUCCACAGAGAGACCAACUUUUGGGUGCCCCAGAAGAUGACCAGGAUCCAGGCAGCUCCCAAGAUCUGGAGAAACAAGCAGGGGAGUUGGAUGCUAGCAGUGAGGGAGAGACCUACCCAGAGCUCUCAUAUGAGGUCCAGUACGGCUCAGAGUAUAGCACCAGUCCCGAGGCACUGAGAGACCCACAGGCCUUGUACAAGAGCAGCAAAUCCUACAGUUUUAUCUCAGAAGGUGGAGGAGAGUUUUCUGAUAACUCCAACCUCAGUGCCUCUCCUUCCAGGCCUCCUCUGGAAUGCACCCUCUUGAAAACAGAUGCCUAUGAGCUUGGCAAGACUCAGAAGUUUCCAGAGGAAAUGGCACUUCCUUCCCCAUCAAGGAGAAGUCCUCAUGGCAGCUCUUUUGGGGGUUCCAUGGGCAGCAGUCAUAGCCCCUCGUUUGUAGACCAUGUUCCAAAUUUUUCCAGCAUUGAAGCUGAGACCUUACCAGAAUCCUCCUUUAUAGAGAACCUGGGCCACCCGAAGGAAGGUGUUGACAAGGUGGUUGCCACUGCUGGCAGAGCCAGAACAACUCAGUGUUUUCCUUUAGCCACUGUUAAACUGAAGGAGAAGCUUCUGGAACCAAGCGGGGCAAUGGAAACAUCUCACACCCUGAGGCAAGUUGGCUACCAGCAGCUGGAAAAGGUGUGGAAGCUGAAAACAGAUGUUCCUCAUGGACUGCCAUCCAAAUUCAAAAGGCAGUCCAGGUCCCUGAGCCCACAGGGGAGAGCUGCCUGGAAAAGGGCAGGAGAGCCCAGUUUGAGCAAGCCUGUCCAAGAAAGUAGUCCAGUAAACCUGGCAACAACUGACACUUUGCAGUAUGGCCGAGGGCAGCUCAACUACCCGCUUCCAGAUCUGUCCAAAGUGGAGCCUCGAGUGAAGUUUCCAAAGAACGCACAAAGCUACCAUCCACCCCGGGGGAAGACCCCCCCAGCGAGGACCAAUGAAUCUGGGAAGCCAGUGGUCUUCAAGUCUCCUGCUGAGAUUGUCCGUGAGGUGCUGUUGAGCAGUGGGGAAGGGUCUGUGCAGAAAUGUCAAGACCCCACCAUUUCUGUCAUUCCCGAAGAACUCAAAUCCCCAAGACAAGCUACAGUGCUGGUGCAUCAACUUCAGGAGGACUACCACAAACUGCUGACAAAGUAUGCUGAAGCUGAGAACACCAUUGACCGGCUACGGCUGGGUGCAAAGGUGCGGCUGUACUAUGACCCUCCAAAACCCAGCCAUGGGGUCCAAAUGGGGACUGUGGCUCAGGCCUCCAAGGUCAUAACCUUCAGCAUCCCUCAGGCCAGGACAGCUGAGGUCACAGGGAGCUCUAGCUCAGCACCAGAUGCUGCUUGGAAUGAAGGAUUUUCUGGUCCUCAAGCAGCCUCCUUUCCUCUUCCCAACUCCAUGGGUUUGGGCAAUCCAGCAGCAGAUGGCUUCACCUCCACAUCAACACCUUUUGCAGGAGAUCACUUGACACACCUGUUGGCUUCCCAAGCUAGCAAAUUCCAGACUCAGGUGGAAAAUUUGGAGGAGCUAAUUCGAACAAGGAAGUUGCCACUUCAAGACCAGCUAAAGGGGUUCGCAAGACUAAAGGAAGCCCAGGAUGCCUUGGAGCAGACAUAUCUACAGGCUCGAGAUGAAUGCAGGCAGUUGCAGAACCAUCAAGAACCUGCAGGGGCGCUAGGAGACUUUGAUUCUGAUCGAGCAGUGGAAGGACAGAUAUUCCAACUGGAGAUGCGCUUGGAGGAGCUGAAGGAAAGGAUUGACCAGGCAAUGUGGGACCAGCCAGUUGCACAGAGCAGCGUUGAGGCACCUGAUCAUCCUGCCUGUUUUCCAGCUCAGGCAUCCGAGUCGCAGAUGAGGUCGCCGACUCCAUCUCUUCAAGCCCCAGUCCCGGUGGUCUGCACUCCAUACCCUGAGACCCCCUUCCCCACGAAUGGCCGCAGCCAAGCCCAGCUGGCCUUGGAAGUGAACUCCAUCAGUGAUGAGACUGGAGAAGAGGGAGAAAGCAGCCUUCCGGAACCACUCCGGCACAUGCAAGCCCAGGUGGAAAAGGACUUUGAUCACCUCCUGGACCACUACAACAGCUUCAAAUCUUUGCCAGAAGCUCUGAGCUUGGAACAGCUGCACCUGGACAGUCAUUACUCACGCCCAGAUGAAGCAGACGGUACAGGCAUAACGGAUGUUGGGACAAAGGAAGGCUCCCACUGGGUGGUGUCUAAAGCUAGCAAGACCUCUUACAGGCCUUCAACCUUGCAGCAGCCCCAACAGAUGGAACCUUCUGAGCAGCUUUUGAGGAAGUCCCAGCAGGAAGUACCUGCCCAGACCAGCUGCUCACCAUCCAUCCAGCAGGAGGAGGAGCCAGUUCCUCAGGGUUCAGUUGAACAAAAAUGUCCAUCGACUCCAGUUCCAAAGGCCUCAUCAUCUAGGAGGCAGCAGAAGCACCUGUCGCCACAGAGCAGCAUGGUCAGUGUGGCAGGCAGUGCUGCUUCUGAACACAUAGCCAAGAAGUCCCCCAGAAGACAAACACAGGAUUGCCUGAGGCAAGCCAGGGGCACUAUUAAAAUCCAAGGACAUGUCCCAGCCAGGAAAAACACCCAAGAAGGAUGCAAAUAUGGGCCCAUCAGGGAGUGGGGGUGGCAUCAGAAGAGUCCUGAGGGCCAAAAUUUACGCCUUGUUUCCCCAGAGACAGACAGUGGAUUUGUGGGAUCAGAAGCCAGCAGGGUGUCCCCGUUGGCACAAAUGCCAAAGCACUAUACAUCCAAGUUUAGGUCCCACAGCAUGCUGGGAAAUUCAACCUCUGUUGAUGUAGACUUCCAAGAAGAAUCGAUAAGGAAAGCGCCUGUCACAUUGGAAUCAUUGGAAACAGACAGGUCACCCAGGCACACACAAUCAGACAAUGGGAUGCAGAAACAAGGCCUCUCCAAAGGAAGACCUUUCCAGAUUAACUCCCCUACCAGGUGGACCAACAGCAUUGCCAGUGAGAUGGAGCCAGGCAUGGAUAGUGCUCACACAGACUCUGAGGCUGAGGCCCAGGCAAGACUUGACACUUACAAUGUGCCUGCUGACGAAGCAAGACAUUCUCCUAGCUCCUCUGCCGUUUCGCUGCCCCCAGACCAGACUCAUGACUACAGUCUCCUUGACACCCGCGUGCACCGAGCCCAGGCUAUCAGAGCUUUGCAGCAUGAAGUCCACCAGCUUCGCCAAGUCCUGGAGAAGACCCUCCAGCAGCCUCAUGGUUAUCCAAAGCGGCCACCCUCCGCACAUACCUCUACACUCCAGAUGCCAAGACAGGACAGGACCCGCCUCCCCAGAAGUGCCAAUUCAAUAGGGUCCAACCACAUCCCCACCUCAUCUCGCAGCAAAACAUCCGGGAAGAGCACAGCUGACCCUGACAGUCCAGCUCUGUUGAUCAAGCCAGAAGAUUGGAUAAAGAGAUCAAACCUGCAAGAUGGGAUCCAGCUGGAUCUCAGCCCUUCAGAGUCAGACUACUCACCACCAAAGCCAUGGAAAGGGAAACGCCAGGAAACUUCUGCUUCUAGGAAAGAAUCCCCAGAGCAGCCCAUCCUCUGGGGGCCCUACACUGGAACCCAGUAUUCUUUUUCAAGUCCCAAGUCGCAAGAACCAAAGACUCCCAAAAGCUCUGCCCCGUGCCCCUAUUGCCAAGAGGUCAAGUCACGGCUUGAAGACGUACCCACAAGAAACCAAGAUGCCAGAGGCUACAAAGGCUGUGACUCCCCAAGGGAUUCAUUUGGACCCUUCUACCAAAGCACUCCAAAGAAGUCAGAAACACCAAGCCAUCUGUGCAAGGAUACCAGGAACCCCAGGAGCAAAGUAGUGCAUGGGGUGGACCAUGGUGCAGGGGACAAAGCAGAGCAAAGUUCUGGACCACAGCAGAACCCCAGCAAUCACCAUCAAUCACAGCAGCCUGGACUCUGGUAUCUGGCACUCCCAAGCUCUGCUGCCUCCAUCAGCUAUGUCCCCAUGGUUCCCUACCCUCCAGCGCCUAUAAUCUAUUGUUCUCCACUUGCACCUCAGGUCUCCUCCCCUGUUGCUGUCCCUAGCAGGCCCCAGGCCACAGAGCUGAAAACCUCGGCUUCUCGGCACCAAAUGCAAGAGGGUUCCUGCUGCUCCAUGACUCUGGACUGCGCUGGUCUGCAGGACCUGAACAGGUCUCUGAGCCGCGCCAUAGUAGCUGCGAGAGACAUGAAGCUCACUACCAAGCGGAUCAGCCGGUCUCUGACUUCAGAUGUGAACAAAGGGAGGCACCAGCGGAGAUCCUGCCUCUUUUAGCAAGAGAGCCAAGUGGAUGGACACCUCCUCUACUGGUUUAGCUGGAAUUGCAAAAAAAAAAACCUGGCCAGAGCUCCCCAAAACAUAACAUGAGGGAGAUAUUCACAUAACAUUCUUGGUCUUUUAUGUGCCAAAGAGCACCACCAUAGAGCCCCUAACUCACUGUGGAGGUGUCCCAUUUUUGGGUGCCCGACAGCCUCUUAAGCAUUGUGGAGGUGCUCAAGUCUCUAGGCUGUGUGUGGCGCCUGUCUUAAUACACACUGGGAGCCUUCAAAGAUUGUGGAAAGGGACUGCUGCUGCACUUCCCCUUCACUCCCACCCCCUGAACAAGCAACUUAACGUCGUGUCACGAAAGCCAUCUCUGCCCUUAUUUUGCGCGUCUUAAAAGGGCAAAUUUCCAAGCAGUUUGGGGAAAGAUGUGGCAUUUUCGCGGACUAGGGGUUUCUUUAUUUUUCCAAUGGACAUUGAGGGUAGUGUAUCUCUCUUAAUGUUGGCAGGGGGCUUGGUGGUGGGUCCUUAGGUCAGCCUUAGAUAUUCCAGUGCUGGGUGUCCUCUACCUGCCUGUUCCUCUUUUCUCACCUUACCUCAACUGUAUUUUGCCUUAAAAAUGGAAGUCUUAAAAGCUCCUUUGGGGGCAUAGUGGCAGAAGCAGAACAUAUUCUGGCACACUGAGGCCAUGUGAAGAUGGUACUUCUUCUCCCCUCGAUUUAUUUUCAGGGAAUUGAAAGGCCCUAUGGGGGUGGUCAGCAAAUGGCUUGUUGUCCAGCAGACAAUUCUGGCACCUGCUGCAGAGUUAUCCCACUUUAGCACCCUUCAUCUCCUAGGAAGAUGAAGAUGAUAUUGGGCAUAAGCAGUGGCCAGUGGCUGUUCAGAUCCUUUAAGGCUAUGCUCUUCCUCUACUGGUGGAACAACUGUGUCUUUGAAUGCCACCUGCUGGGAAGUACAAAUGGUUCUGCUUUUGGACUUCCCACUGGGACAUAUGUUGGUCAUUGGGAAAACAGGAUGCUAAGCUACAUGGGCCAUUGGCUUGAUCCACCAGGGCUCUUACGUUUUUAUCCUGAUUGUCUUGCAGGAAGGUCUACUACCUCCUCCAUGCUGUUGCUGAACUGAUCUCAUUCACUGUAAACAUACAGCACUGUAUCCAAUGUUUGUCAUUCUUAAGAGCAGACUCACUGAAACUAAUGCACAUAACUUAGGUUCAUUAAUUCCGGUGGAACUAGUCUGAAUACAACCCCUUACAGGGUACUGUCCUACUUACAAGGCUCAAUAAGCUGAGAGUAGGACAUAAAAGUUUUUGGGUGGUCCUCUUAAGGGCCGUGAGUCUAUUGCAAUACUUACCUCAGGACUCUUCGUGAUGCAUGAGAGAAAGAGCUCUAUUUUGUGAAGGGGUAGCCAUGGUGAAUCGUUUUCAGAGAUAUGUGUAUAUGUGUUUGGGUGUGUGUAUUUGUUUUUUUACACGUGUGGUUUCAAUUGCUGUUUGGUUUGGUACUAUGGAAUGGAAACAAUGAGCAUUUUGUAUGUCAACUCUUUUGGGGUUUUUUGCCUUCAAGAAUGUCUUCAAAAUAUAUUUUGCCAGAAUACUUUUCUCUCCCUCCCCAUUUCCUUGUGCCCAUUAGGUUGUUUGUGUGUGCUUUAAGAACUUUGGGCAAGCAGCCACUCCGAGGUCCAACACAUUGUAGGCAGUUUGCCAAGACCAAAUGCAAUCAAUAAGCAUUGGGGGGCAGUAGAUAUAUAACAGUAUCAGACACUUUUUGCUGUCAUUGUCAGGGCAAAGUUGAUCAAUAUUUAAGACAGAACAGAUAUCAGUGGUGAGCAACCUUCAGCCUGCAGGCCUGAUUAGGCCUGCCCACCCUCCUCAUUUUGCCCACAAGGCUGGUUUGCCCAAGAGGCACUUAAAUUUACAACUAAUGUCAUAUGCAGUAUCAGGAGCAGGAGAGAUAAAGAGGUGUCAGAGCUGGGAGGGAGUUUGUGCGUAGCCCCCAUAAGCUGUCAUAUCAGGGCUUUGCCAGCACCAAUGUUCGGCUGAUCACUGGGUCUUGUAGAAUAUUCCUCUAUUACAUGCAAUAGGAUUCCUUCUGGGCACAUGAUCGCUACCCAGGAAUUUGUGAUCAGUAGCAGAAACAAGCUUCCUCCCACAAACCAACACAUAGUUUUCCCCUAGGCAUUCUUUUUCAGCAACCUAAGGCCCACCUGCAUCAUAUAUUGAGGCGGUAUGAAACUGUAUUCAAGCAGUCAUGUGUUCCCCCGAAGAAUCCUGGAAACUGUGGUUUGUUAACGGUGCUGAGAGUUCUUAGGAAAUUCCCUAUUCCCCUCUUUGCAAAGAGUCAAUCCCUCUUUGCAGGGAAUUCUGGGAACUGCAGCUGUGUUGAAAAGCACCUCUCAGCACCCUGAACAUACUACGGGUCCCAGGAUUCUUCAGGGGAAGCCACAACUGUUUAAAGUGGUAUAAUGCUGCAGUCAAUGUAUAGUGCAGAUAGGACCUCACCUUUAAGACAGCAGCCUUUGGGUUCUUGUUAUUAGACCAUUGGGAGUUAGAAACCCUAGCUGAUCUGUUGGGGCUAACCCAGAGGUUUCCUAGGAGAGCCUGUUCUACCUUCUGCCAAUCACUGAAUUAAGCAACCGCUUAAACGCAGCUGGGAAGUUGAGGCUACCUUGGCUGUUCUUGGUCCUAUCCUCACUGCUGCUAAUGUUCCAUGCUGCCUGUAGAUUAUGUGAGUUGAGAUGUGAGUGCAGUAAUAACAGGAAUUGACUCAGUCAUGAGAUGAGUGCCUUAGAAACAUUGCAACACAAAGGAAGGGGAAGUGGGCAGCUGGUGAUGGAUGUCUGUGCCGUUUGCCCCCUGACACCUUUUUAAAAUAAACUUUUUGAAUCUAUAAAUAUACCUUUAUUUUUUUAAGAAAAAAAUCAUGAUGACAGAUCCUUCUCAACACUCAUACUAUCUGUAGAAAUGUGCUAAAAUGUGCAUUAUGUUGUAGAUAGUUCUCAAAGCACUUUCAGACACAGGGUGUUGGUGUAGGGUGUGUUUUGCAUUGGAGCCAUUACCACAAACAAAAUCACUGUGAAGCUAUGAUAGUUGUAUCUUUUUCAACAUUCCUUUAAAAUAAAAUAAAAUAAAAAACAA